UUUUUUUUUUUUUUUUACUUCCUCUCUCAGAAACUACAAGCAAGAUGCCAGCCAAGACACCCAUCUACCUGAAAGCUGCUAACAAUAAAAAAGGGAAGAAAUUCAAACUAAGGGAUAUCUUAUCUCCUGAUAUGAUCAGUCCACCACUUGGAGAUUUUCGUCACACCAUACACAUUGGAAAAGAGGGACAACAUGAUGUUUUUGGAGACAUCUCCUUUUUGCAGGGCAACUAUGAGCUAUUGCCUGGAAAUGAAGGAGAAACCAGAGUUAGCCAGUCUGGUGGCCAUAAUGAAUUCUUAAGGGCAAACAGCACCUCUGAAUCCAUGUUUACAGAAACUCCAUCACCAGUGCUCAAAAAUGCUAUUUCCCUUCCUGCCAUUGGGGGUUCUCAAGCCCUUAUGUUGCCCUUAUUGUCACCAGUGACGUUUAAUUCAAAGCAAGAAUCCAUCAGGUCAUCAAGAAAUCCUAGGCUUAGCUGUGAGCCAGUAAUAGAAGAGAAAUUGCAGGAGAAAAGUAAACAGAUGAAGGAUGGAGAAACAUACAAAGAUGACAUAUGGGAGCAAAAUGGUGGUUCUUCACCUCUUACUAAUGGUAGAGACAGUCACUCAUCCAGCUUUUCUGAACGAUGCACUGACUGGCAAACAGUUGAUUUAUUUGAUGAUAGUCAACUUUCAUGUGAACUAACCAAGACAAAGACUAAGUCAGAAGAAUCGCUUUCAGAUCUUGCAGGCUCUCUUCUCUCAUUACAACUUGACUUGGGACCUUCACUUUUGGAUGAGGUCCUCAAUGUAAUGGACAAGAAUAAAUCUUAGAACUGGUACUCCCUUGCUGCUUUAUAAGUGAUUCACUUAAACAAAAACAAACAAAAGAAACAUAAUUCAAAGGCAGAGACACUUAAAAAUCAGUUGUAUUUGCAGUUGUUUAACGGGUUUCCUAAAAAUAUUCUGAAAAAAAUAUUUUUUUACCUAUUGUUUUUCAUUAUUUUUAUUACACUAAAUUCUUAUAGCAGGAAGGUAAAUUUUAAUAACAGUUUUCAGCAAAUAUAAAAUCUUUUAAAGUACCAGUAUUAAUGAUCAGAAACUUAAGAAACAAAGUUUGAGGAUGAUACUGAUUUGUGACAUUUGGUUACUUCACUUCUACAGGUUACUUCUGAAUAUAUGAGAAUCUCUAAGCAUCAGAAAGGAGACUGAUAUUUUUCAUUUAUAUAAAUUAUUACAACAUCACUUUACAGGUAGGCCUCUUUCUAGAACCUUGUGUUUGAGGGUUUCAUAGUGUUUUCCUUCAUUUUCCAUAGUACCAUUUCUGUUACACCUUCACUGUACCUAUUUUCUCAGCCUUAUACUACCACUCUGUAUUCACAUGUGAACAAAUUGAAGACGCUUUCAGCUUGAACACCUGGUCCAGAGUCUCAGCUGCUUUAAAUGAGUAUGCACAAAUUUUACACAAGUUGAGGCUUGGGCCUGAUUGUAUAUGAAAUGAUAUGUUGUAAACAGGUGACACAUGCAAGAUAUUAUGGUUAAAUUAUUUUAAAAGUUGAAAUAUUUUUUUGUGUGCAUAUUGGCUUUUUACUGCAGAGCCUACACAUACAGUAUCUCAUCAAAAUAGUUGCUUGGCAUUAUUGGUGCUCUUCUGAAAUUUGUAUAUUUGUGUGUUUGAAAAGAAAUAUGUAUUGAUACUCCUUGCGUUUUUUCUUCAUUUAUUGCCACAUAUGCUUAACCUGCAACCAAUUAUUUUAAUUUUUGAAGAAGGCACUGGUUAUUCACAAUGCUUGUGAUGUGUGCUGCAACAGCCAAUGUUUUCGGAAAUGUGGAUCCUUUAAUACAGUACCUACAUGGAUUGCAUAGAUACUGUGUGCAAUACAAUAAAAAAAACCCUUUAAAUUGC